UAUUAUAUUUUUAAAAGGAUUUAAUCGUACAAACAUGUCGUACCUUCCGCCUACUCAAACAAAUCCCUUCAUAUCUCCUGUCACGUCUCCACCGCCGUUGAGAAUUUUCCGGCGAUUGUGUAGCGUCUGCAUAACACGCGCCUCCGCCACAGCAAUAUAAAACCAAAUCACACUUCUUUGUUUCUCAUAUAUGGAUUUCUUCAAAUCCGUAUUCACCGACAACGAUCCAGAACUUUCCGAUACCGAAAACACCCCUACUUCUCCAAACCCUACGAACGCAUGGACAAGCUUGUUCAAAACCAUAGCCACGAAAUCCGAAUCUGUAGUGCAAAACUAUCGCCGUGAUCUCCAGGAAUUUAGCACCGGUUUGAAAUUAGAAACGGCUACAAUCCGUGAAGUAGCUAGCCGAGCCGUUAAGGACUUGCCUGCUCGGCUUGAAUCAGGAGCCGCCGUUGCACAGGAAUCACUCGAAUCUGUUGGCCAAGCCAUUGACAAUAUCGGCUCUACUGUGUCGGAUAUUAUUGCUCGUGGUAAGGACUCUAUGAUCCUUGUUAAUAAUGAUUCUGAUACUGAUGAAUUAUCUACUAGUUUAGAUCAAAAUGCCAAACCUUACAGUAGAAUUGAUGCCACAAUUCGAGCGACACAGUGUGAUGUGAAAACGUAUUGUGAGGAGCCGGAGGAUUUGAGUGAUUAUAAUGAGUGGAAAUUGGGGUUUGUGUUAGAGGAGAUGAGUGGGGAGAUUGAGGAUUUGAUUAAGGGGAAUGGUGUGAUUGAUGAGAUUUAUAGUGAGGUUGUUCCGAGUAGGGUUGAUGAGGAGAGUUUCUGGUCUCGGUAUUUUUAUAAGGUUUAUAGGAUAAGGAAAGCGGAAGAAGCAAGGGCGAGGCUUGUGAAGAGGGCGAUUGAGGGCGAGGAGGAAGAGGAAUUGAGUUGGGAUGUUGAUGAUGAGGAUUACGAGGAUAUGGAAGGGAGCACCCGUGAUAAUGUAGCGAAAGAAGAGUACAACAACAACAACGUACCCAGUGUGAUCCCACAAGUCGGGUCUGGGGAGGGUAGUGGAGCGAAAGGAGAGUUUGGGAAGAAAAUGAAUAGGUUAGAGGUUGAGGAAAGGGCGAGGAGAUCGGUAAGUGGAGAAGAUGAGAAAGAAAUGGCUUUGGAGACAACAAGUGAUGGUGGGGAUGAGAAAGUGAGAGUAGAUGAUUCUGAAUCGAGGGGUGAUAGGGGGAGUUCAGAAGGUAAGAAUGAUAACAGUGAUUUUUCAGUUAUUUCUAGUCAAUUGUCUUCGCACGAGGGAGAUGAUCUUGGGUGGGAUGAGAUUGAAGAUAUUGCAAGUGGUGAUGAGAUCAAGGUGUCUGAGAGAACGAGCCCAAGCAAAACUGAUUUGAGGAAGCGUUUGAGUGCUGCAGAGGACGAGGAAGAGUUGUCGUGGGAUAUUGAGGAUGAUGAUGACGCUGAAGCUUCCAAAUCAUGAUAAUUCCCAUUGUGCUAUCAAAGCUACUAUUAUGGUUUAGUUUCCAAGUAUUAAGUAUAGAAUAUAGCAGCGGUUAUUCUGGAUUUAUUUGAUGGCGCUUCAUAAGAAUAAUGUAUAUAUCAUUUUUAAUUUCUUGAAUUUAAGAAACUGUAUCCGACUACUACUAUUUGUAUUGUGAUCGGGAUCUGCAUCUUACACGUCAAUACAUUUUUCCUAUUUUAUUUUC